AUGAUGAGCAUACCAGUUUGCAAAAUGAACUUAUUUUUCUAUCUAAUCUUCUUCAUCAGCAUAAACAGAACGAAAAAACAUCUCAUGUCGAGCAUAAAAAUAAGCUAAAACUUGAUCAACGUAGUCAUCAUAAUUUGCACUCAUCAGGCAAGAAAAAUUUGGUUUGGCGAAAAGACAGGUCAACGACCUCUUAUGAUUUAAAUAAUGCAAAUAUUGAAAUGCAUCUAUCGGUUGACCAUAGGAAUAUAUUACCUACCAAAACAAAGUAUUCUGGAAAAUAUGCCAAGGUUAAUUCAGUAACUUCACAGUCGUCAUCACCAUCAUCAUCUUUGAGCCAAUCAAAAACAGGCAACUCAACUAGUAGCUUCAGGAAUGAGAAACAUCAAAGAAGACCGACCUUUAAAAAGGAGACAAAAUGGAUCAGGCCUAGUAGGCAUAUCUCAACUUCUGUCCCUGCUGCUGCUGAUCAUGCUAGCAAUAAUCUUGCCAAGAAAUCAACAAGUGUACUACAUGACAAAGUUUUUUCAAAACAGUACAGAUCAUUAGAAAAUCAAUCAAAUAGUGGUAUAGUUACUCAUAAAAUAAUAUAUAAUCUAAACCAUGAAGAUAAAUUAACAAAUAAAAUGAGUGAUUCAUUACCUCUGUCAAAAAUCUUAAAUCAGACUGACAAUAAAGCAAGAGUUUUAGCAGAGACUGUUCUUGUGAACACCCCUAAAACCAAAGAUUCUUUGCCAAAAGAUCUGUCUGUAAAACUGAGCCCAAAUUCCAGAUAUGUCUGGCGAAAACAUACAUGCAAGGGUUUGCCUCAUCAAAUGAAAUCCCACGGAAGAGGAGGGUUAAAGCAAAAGGGGACUUCUACAGACAGGAAGCAAUCCAAUAUCAACCACUCUGUGUCAAUAACACCAGGAACAUCUAAGACCAAAUUAAGCGGUGCAGAAUGUGUGUCUAAGUCGCCAGAGAAGUCUUUCAGCAGCAGUCCUCUGAAACGAGAAAUGGUAGUGAGAUCUAAGUAUAAAUUACGUUUAGAUUUGCCAACAGUUGUUGGAUCAGGAAAAAAAAGAAAAAACAAAAGAACAGUUUAUUUCAGUCCAACUGUUUUCAGAUCACCAAGUGCCAGAAAGGGGAAAUUGCUGACACCACAGAGUAUGAAGAAAACACCAAAGCCUGGCACAUCAAGGCAUAGAUGGGUGUGUCCAACCAAAGGGAGCAACCAUGCGUCACAUGGUAUCGCCAAGUUUUCAAAAUCACCAGAAAGUAAAAAUCUACCAGCACCUUACAGGAAAUCUAAGUUUACAUGGAGAAAAGAUCAACUCAAAACAAAACAAGUAAGCGUAUGCGGCUACAAGCUUGUCAAUAUUGCCAAGACGCCGCAACAGAAGCAGACGACAUUCAUGGAGAGGCGAACAAAAUUUGUGAACAGUCACACACCAGUCAUCCCCCGUUCACGAUUUAAGCUUCAUAGAAAACAGUCACCCACCAUCUCACCAGGUGUGAAGACAUUUGAAACGAUCAAAACUCCAUCAGGGAGACUGGUAAAUAAUAAACAAAAUGCGUUGUUUACUGUCAGGAAGACAAGGAGGAAGAUUAUCAGGAAACAGGUGCCAAAUACCCAAUCAACAGGUACUUCUCGCUUGGUUGGUGAUCAGGUUACACCGGUAACAAUAAAUACUAAGAACCAGGAGUUCAAAAUUCAUUCUUCUGGCAAAAAACUCAAGAGAUUGCGGCAGUUGGCAAAUUCAAGCAUCUCAUCGAUUGUCUCUGUUGGUAACACUCCAAGAACCUCAAUUGUGAUCAGAAGGCAUUCAAUAAGCAGCAGGAAGCUAGUGGCACAGCAGGUGCUUCAUCGUAGCAUUGUGACAAGUAACCAAGCGAAAUACAAGAAACACAACACACCCACAAGCGCAAAACGUUACUGUACUUACUACAAUCGUUUUGGCAAGUGUAGUCGUGGAGAUAAAUGCCCAUAUCUGCAUGACUCAGAAAAAGUGGCUGUCUGCACAAGGUUUCUCCGUGGUAAUUGCAAGCAGACAGAUGGAACAUGCCCAUUCUCUCACAAAAUCUCCAAAGAUAAGAUGCCUGUUUGUUCAUAUUUCCUUCGUGGAAUAUGCAAUAGGGAUAACUGUCCAUAUUUACAUGUUAAUGUCAGUCGUAAUGCUGCCAUAUGUCAGGACUUCCUGCGAGGGUACUGCCCCGCAGGGGAUAAGUGCAAGAAGAAACAUUCUCUAGAGUGUCCCGAUUAUCAGCGAGAUGGAAACUGCCCUAGAGGACGUCAGUGCCGACUUCUGCAUCGUCAACUGAAAGCAACCAAAAGGAAAAAGGAAAGAGAAGAAGUCAACUCAAUUAAGAAACAAGCAAUUACAGAAAAUAAAGAAGCGGAAGAACUCGUUGGUAAACUGCCAUCUUUUAUAUCUUUGAAUGAUGAGGACUCUGAUUGGUCUAAUACACCCAAUACCAGCAUACAAGACCAGAAGGGCUCAGUCACUCCUGAACUUCUUAUACGACCAAAGUUUACAAGCCAUUGAAGGUAAGAUAAGAGUGGAAGGUACUGGCCUGAAACCAGUUCAACACCAGAUGCACCUACCUGAAUGCAUGGAUAAAGGUUAUGGCGCCCUCUGUGGUAUGGCAUAAUAUUAAUCUAAAAAUGUUUAAUUUAAGUUUAGUUACCAAUGUUUCUUGAUUUACUGAGCAUAAUACAAAUACAGUAGUUAGCAUUUUUGUGUAUUUUAUAAAUAUUUUUUUUAAAAUUAUAUAUUGUUUGAUAUAAUAAUCCAGUGCAUACAUUUUACCAAAAAAUAUUUUAUAGAUAAUUUUUUCCAUACAUAGUUAUAAAAGUUAUAAUAUGUAGUCACAUAAUAUAUGAUAAUAAUACAGUGACCUAAUUUUGUAGGCUUCAUUUUUAAUUAGUAUUACCCCAUUAUUAAAUUGUUCUAUUUUGCAUGUCUGCAGAUAAUUACUCAUAUUUUUAUACUGGCUAGAAAAACGUAUCUUUAUUGUUUGCAAUAAACGUGAACAUUUUUAUAUGAAUGGAAA